ACACACACACACACUGCUCUGUUAUGUCUGGCAAAGUGUGUACUUAUGUGUGAAACUGAGCCCGGGUAGUUUGCAUCAAUUGAUCUCGAAGCAUCAGAGGAGAGGAAGACAAAACUGUCAACUCUGCUUUCAACAGAAAGUCCUUUUCCUCUGCAUCUCUGACAACAUUUGGAAUUUAUUUCUGCUGUUGCAGCCAACCCGUGGAAGAAAACCAUCAAGACAAUUUGGAGUUGUUGUUUUUUCCCCUUCUUUCAGAAUUAGAAGGAAAUCAGUUCAACUUUUAAGAUACUUUUUAAUGGACUUUUUGGCCGACUCGUCGCAUUUUCCCCACAAACAGCAACAAAACUGGAACUCUGUACAAUGACAAGAUAUUAUUCUUUUGCUCAGCGAAUCCAUCUAAUCUGUGAAGUCUCCUUCCCAAGUAAAUAUAGCCAUUUGAAGAGCUAGGAUUUUAUUUGCAAGUAAAGGAAUGAAGCAUCAGCGGUAAUAUCCAAGGCUGGUAACCCAAGGGGUUGCAAUGAAAGCAGACAACUGCACCACGAGGCAUGUGUGACUGGCUUUUAACAUGACAAUCCGUGUGACUUUGCUACUGAAACUAUGUACCCAAGGACAAGAUGUAGAUAUGGGCCACAGAAACUGCAGUUCCUCUUGCUGGUGCUGGUGCUGGCCUUUUUGCUGAUGAUGGUAACAAUGCUGAACCCAUCCGUCAAAGAUCUGAACAAGGAGAGGAUACCCCAGCCUGCAAGGUCUGUCCCUAAAGAAGGAUACCAUGUGGAUUUCGGCGAAACUCAAGAGAUCUUAGAUGCUCAAGAGGACAGCCAGCAGCAUUUGCCCCUGGAGGGGCUGUCGCCUUUCAUCUCCCUAAAGGAGGAUGAGCUCUUGGUGGCUGUAGGGUCACUCACAGCCAAGAGGAACCACAGCAGAACCAGGAAAGGAUACCGAAUGGUCGGGCAGCAAAGCAGAAGGCAAGAGGAGAAGAAACAGGUGCGAGGACCCGAGUUCCUUCUGAAGUCUCUUCCUCUGCCGGGUGGAGAAAGGACUGAGGCAAGUGAGCUGGCAGUAGGUGGCCUGGAAACUUAUGGGUUUAAUGAAGCACUCAGCAAACACAUCCCUCUGCACAGGGAGCUACCUGAGGUACGGCAUUCUUUGUGUUUGAAGCAAGAACCCAGCCUCAGUCAGGCUACAGCAAGUGUCAUUAUCUGCUUCCAUGAUGAAGCCUGGUCUACUCUCUUGAGAACAGUGCACAGUGUCUUGGAUACAGCCCCGAAGGACUUUCUCAAAGAAAUCAUCCUUGUAGAUGACCUGAGUGAGCAAGGAUUUCUGAAGUCAUCCCUGAGUGACUACAUCUCUAAGCUGGCAGGUGUGAAAUUGAUUCGGAGCAACAAAAGGCUGGGGGUCGCCCGAGGCCGCAUGCUUGGUGCUGCCCGAGCCACGGGGGACGUUGUGGUCUUCAUGGACUCCCACUGCGAGUGUCACAGAGGUUGGCUGGAGCCUCUCUUGGACAGACUAGCCAGCGACAGAAGACGGAUUGUCUCUCCUGUCAUCGAUCUCAUUGACUGGAAGACCUUUGAGUAUUAUCCCUCUGUGGGCCUGCAAAGAGGUGUUUUUGACUGGAAAUUAGAUUUCCAUUGGAAGCCAAUGCCAGAACUCGAAAAGAAGGUACGACAGUCUCCCAUCAGUCCCAUCAGGAGUCCAGCAAUACCCGGAAUAGUAGUGGCAGUGGACCGACAUUAUUUCCAAAAUACAGGGGGUUAUGAUUCUGACAUGACCCCGUGGGGAGCUGAAAAUCUUGAGUUAUCUAUAAAGGCCUGGCUCUGUGGUGGCUCUGUAGAAAUCCUUCCAUGCUCCCGGGUGGGACAUGUCUAUCGAACAGGCAUACCAUACAACUUUCCUGCUGAAGAAGCUGUAGAGAGGAACAAAAUCCAGAUAGCUGAGACCUGGCUGGGUUCAUUUAAAGAUCUCUUUUACCAACAGGACAAAAUGGCACGCUUCAUUAAGAAGACUGAGAAGCUGAACUGCACAGAGCGUGUUCUACUGCAAAAGAGACUGGGAUGCAAAAGUUUCCAAUGGUUUAUCUCAGAUGUGUAUCCUGAACUAUACCCACUACAACAUGGACCAAGAUUUUCAGGCAAGCUGUACAAUACUGGGGUUGGACUCUGUGCAGAGUACAGAUCUCAACAGGAUGCUGGUGGCGGCUGUCUCGCGCUGUCACCUUGUAGUGACAAUAUCAACCAGCACGUUGAAUACAAUGGCAUGAAGGAAAUCUGUUUUGAUUCCAUGCCCCAGCUUUGCUUUGAUGUUGAGCAUGAACAAGUUGUCCUUCAAAACUGUACGAAAAAGAUGGAAAACAGCUCACAGCACUGGGAUAUGAAAGAGAAUGGAAUGAUUGUCCAUAUUCUUUCCGGUAAGUGCAUUGGGGCCAUGAAGACAGACCUUUGUCUACAGAAAUGUAACAAGGAGGCCAAUCUGAUGUGGCGAUUUGAUCAUUCAUACCAUGUAGAUGAGAGAUGACUAUGAAGACCUCCCUGAACCCCAUUAUCGUUUCAUCCAUUUGAUUCCAAGGUGCAAGAAAAGGGAGCUGAGUAUGUUUUCUUGGAACAAAAAAUGGACAACAUAGCAGAUGCCUAAGUUGUGCAUUCCCACCAAAAAUUUACCAGUGUUUUGGUAUAGCAGUGAAUGCUGGGUUGAUUCCAGGAAACAGGAGAUACAGAAGAGAUGAAAUGACUUUUGUUUAUGCUGCUUUCAGGUUGCACAGAAUGCUUAACUGGGCAAUAUGGAAAGAUAUCAUAAAAACCAGCUACACAGAUGCAAGAUACUGAGAUAUUUUUCUUUCAAUGAAUCUUAUGGAACAAACUGCCAGAAGGCACGUGUUUAAUUUAGUAUGCUGUAUAAUUUAUGAAAAGUAGGUUAAAACUAUUAUUCUUGAAACUGGAAAAAAUCUUUUCUGAAGAGCAUCAGUAUGACUCAAGUGGAGGCCUCAUGAGCUAAACAAACAAUCCUGAUCAAUAUAUUGAAAAGUACUGCCAAGGGUUCUUUAAAUGAACAUCUAAAAACAAUACCGUAUAUAAAAACAAUUAAAACAAUUCCAACACAGAUGCAUAACAGGACAAAGGCUUGUUGAAAGAGGAAGAUCUUCAGCAGGUGCUGAAAGACUAAAUAGAGACAGUGCUUAUGUAAUGUUUUACAGGAAGACAUUCCAAAGGGUUGGGGGCCUCACACUCAAAGCCCAGCUUCUAUAAGGAAUGGAACAGACCACCUGAAAAUUUGCCCCAAGCGAAUUUUCUCAUGUUAGUCUUUGUUUUCCACUGAGCCCAAGGAACACAGUGGGAGAAAUCAUGUCCAAAUACUUAGAUGUGGGAAGAUUGUGGUCAUAGCUUUGCCAGGUCAAUGUCAAACACCAAAGCCAAAUGUCUGGAAAAGUUUUUAUGCUGAUGUAAAUCUAAAUUAAUUCUAAUGUGUGAUUUCAGAUUUAAGCAUAUAUUGUUGUGUGUGGCAAAUAUGUCCCCACUUACUCCAUAAUGGGAGUUCAAGGGAGCCUGCAGAAUGCUUGUAUUGUUCACAUCAUGGAUUGCAUAUCGUCUUUGGUUAAUUUAUCAAAAGUAAAGCCCUAUUUUUGCAGGUGAUGACGACAAAGCUGUCUCGAGCCAGUGAAAGGGAGGGGCGAAACCAAAAUGACAAAAUACGCUUUGUUUGGUAUGGAAAAGAACCAAGGACACAGCACGACUACUUUUCCUUUUUAAAGAAAAAAACAGUGAGCAAGGAAAACUCGACUCUCCUGAGUGGAAAUUCUACAUUUGGGUGGUCUUUCACGAUCUGUGUGGGGCUGGCAAACAGAACUGCUGAACGAAGUUUGGCUUAACUUGGCAGGCUGACAAAUCCUCCUCUGAGAAGAACUUUUAAUUUUGGUAGCAUACUGACAGAACUGAACUGGUUCAGAUCACUGAAUAUAUCAACGUAUUUUAUCGACUUCUAAAAUGUUUUCGCAAAAAUG